AUGACUCCACCUUCCUUCCACUCGGACUCGGAUUCUGGAGACAUCGAGUGCGACGAUGUGCAUGACCUCAUGCUGGAAGAUGCCGAGGUUGAUGAUGCCGAAGAUCUGCUGUUCAUACCCAUCGAACCUCCAUCGGCAAAUGCAUCGGCCAAUCCUGAGUACAAAAAGUAUGUGGCUCAGCUCCAGCUGCGCAGCUAUGAGCAGGAGCAUGAAAUCAAACGUCUGCGGCUCGAGCUUGCUAAGAUGAAGUCUACAAUCCCAAAGGGAUGUAGCAAGGUAACUAAAGCUGCCCAGAAUGCUCCCAAAGGGCUCAUCAAGCUUCAGAGCACAAUACACAAAUACGCCGCCAUUGCCUUCUUCUGCUAUCAUCCGUGGGUUGAUCAAGAAGCAUUUGACAUCAAAUCACCCCUGAGUCCGUUCGACCGCAAGAAUCCUGUGCACUGGAACAUGGACAAGGGAGAGUUUAAAGAUCACAGGACGAAGGUGUUGGUGCACGCAUCAGAGCUCUUUGAAGUUGUCGGACGCAGAAGCCCACUUUUUCUGUAUAUGGGUCAGUGGCAUGUCACCUGUUGCACACAGCGGAAUUACUUCACCAAUCACAUUAAGGAAUCGCUCAUUAAAUACACGCCAGACCAUGAACGUAUCUUCAAGCUCAGUCCUAUGGAGCGCAAGACAGACUCUGAGGCCAUCAUGCUGCGCGGUUCAAAGAAGGAGCACUUCCCUCCGUGCUACUACCCUGAUGGAGACUAG